UGUGUGUAUGUAUACAUAUAUAUAUAUAUAGAGAGAGAGAGAGAGAGAGAAAUGAUACAUAGUAGAUAUAGAUAGACAGAAGAUAGAAAUAGAGGAAAAUAUAAUUAGAUUUAGAUAGGUGUUAGAAAGACAGACAGAUGAUAGAUGAUGGAUGGAUGGAUGAUAGGGAGAUGAUAGGGAGAUGAUAGGUAGGUAGGUAGAUGAUAAGUAGAUCGAUAGAUAGAUGAUAGAUCGAAGAUAGAUAGAUGAUAGAUAGCUAGAUAGAUGAUAAGUAGAUCUAUCGUCUAUUAGAAGAUAGAUGGUAGGUAGGUAAGUAGAUAGAGAAAGAAAUAUAUAGAUAAAUGAUAGAUAGUAGAUAUAGAUAGAUAGAAGAUAGAAACAGAGAGAGGAAAAUAUAGAUAGGUGAUAGAUAGAUAGAUAGAUAGAUAGAUAGAUAGAUAGAUAGAUAGAUAGAUAGAUAGAUAGAUAUUUGCAGAUAGACUGCCUCUGUCUAGGGAGGGUUGCCAGAUAAGCCAAGGAUCUCCUUUGCCAAAAUCUCUGCAAACACAAAUUGGGUGAACCGCGUCUUAUUUUUCAGAUGCUAAAUGGACUCUGGACUCCACCAAUCAGUUGUAAAAGGGUUUCUUCUUCUUCUUUUUUUUAAAGUCAUUGUUGCAAAAUUUGAAGGAUUAACAAGGAGACAAGAUUGCAAAGCAGGUCUGAAUUUCCCAGCAGUUUUCAGAUGCCGAAAAACGGGUUGUGGAGGGCCUGAAUCGGUUAGAAAAGCUUUUUAAUUUUAAUUUUUAUAGGAAGUUGUUGCACACACACACAAAAAAAGGAUAGAAUUCGGACCACAAACCAAAAGGAGACAAGAAUCCAAAGCAGUUGGAAAACUGUUUUUUUUUUUUAAAGUAAUUGUAAAAUUUGAAGAAUUGGAACAAGGAAGAGGGGCAAGAUUGCAAAGCAGACUUUAAAAAAAAAUAAGCGAAAAAAAGCACGUGAAAAGCCUACCACCUCUCUCUCUAAAAUAAGAUCAAUUUGCGGUUUUUCUGCCCUGUUUUGUGAAACCGGGGGUCAAAUUUCAGGAUCCGGACUGGAGAACUACAGCUCCCAAGAUGCAGCAGGGGUAGGGUGUUUUGUUUUGGUUUUUUUUUAAAAUAUAUAUAUAUAUUAUUAUUAUUUUUUUCCCCUCCCUUUUCCCCUCCCUGCAGCAUCAGGACCGGGGCUGGAAAGAAGGAUGCAGGCACUUCAGCACAAGGGAGGCGGAGCUUAAGAGCAUCUUUGGCUUGGAGCGGUCCUGCAGCCGAGCAGAGAGGCUCCGCCCCUUCUGGGAUAAUCUCACUCCGGAAACCAACAAAUGAUUUGUCUAUGCUUUUGAAGGCAAGAAAAAAAACAACAACAGCAAACCAGAUCUCCUUGAUCCAGAUAAUUAAAAAAAAAAUCAGCUGGAAUUAAAUUGCUUUUUAAUUGUUUUUUUUCUGGGCCUUCCUUCUCGCCUGGAAUUGACCUGGCUCUCUGCAUGUGCCCAGAAACGCUCUUUGCAUUGGAAUUCCAGACCGGUUUGCUAGCAAAACUGCGCCAAAAUCAUCCCAGCUAAAAAAAAAAACCCCCAAAAUUUUUUUUUAAAAAAAGAGAAAUAUUUACAAUAUGGAGGCCACUUGUGGAGCGGCCCGAAGCAUUCAAGUGGGAUUUUUUUUCUUUUAAGGAAAAGGCGACCCCUCCCUCAAAAAAAGACGUACUUACUUCCCUUUAAUUGGGGAGGGAAGUGGGGGUGAACUUUGUCUGCAAAAAAUAUGCAUUUUAUAGCAACUGGAAGCUGAUAAUCCAGGGAUUGGAACUGGCUGGACGUCGCCUGUGGGAAAGAAGCGGAAAUAAUCUCUUGUUUGAUUUUCCUCCAUGUUCCUAGUCCUCAGUUUUUUAAAUAUAUAUAUAUAUAUAUAUAUAUAUAUAUUGUUUGGGCUGUUUUUUUGGACCACUUUCAUGAGCCUAAUUUUGGGGGGUCACCAUGCCCUCCCGCAGCGACUCCAGCUACUCCUUAACUGGCCGAACGUCGCACAGUUUCACACAUUUGCGCGUCCGAAGGGCUUGGCUCCAAAUUAUCCUCCUUUUGGGCUUCAUCCAGAUGAUCUUGGGGGUCCUCAUUGUGACGCUCAGCUUGUUGGUCACCACUUCCAUCCCAUCUCAGCAUCCCAUUGGGAAUUCCUGCCCCAUCUGGGCCGGCUUUCCGCUGGCCUUCUCCGGUGUGGUUGGCAUUGUGUCGUGGAGACGUCCCUUCACCCCUGUGAUCACGUUCUUCACCCUGCUGUCCGUCUUAGGGGUGAUGCUCACCUUGGCCGGUUCUAUUCUCUCCUGCCAACACGCCCAGCAGGUGAAAUCCCUGGAGGUCUGUGAGCGGAUAAGGCAGCGAGACGGAUCUUCGAUCCCAAAGGAGGUGGGAUGGCGACGGAGCCUGAAAGCUCAGAGUAACUUUCUGUAUAAGAAAUGCAUCUACUCGCCGUCCGAAUCGGGGAUUCCUGCCUGCGGCAAUAAAGCUGACGUGGAUUCGAAUUGUUCCAGGAUUCUUCUGGUCCUGAAAGACCUGCUUUUCAGCAUCUGCGGCUUAACCAUCUUCUCCAUUGUCGUCUGCACCUUAUCCGCCAUCAUGUGUUGCAUCCAAAUUUUUUCGGUCGACAUUCUCCACGUGCUCUCUCCACCUCGGUCAAGUUCCGUCACUCUGGAUUGUACAUCCCCUCCGGACACUUUCUUGCAACACAUGUUGGACCUGGAUGAGUUUGUGCCCCCAGUUCCGCCCCCUCCUUACUACCCCCCGGAAUAUACCUGCAGCUCAGAGACGGAUGCUCAGAGCAUUACCUACAACGGUUCCAUGGACAGUCCCGUACCUCUAUAUCCCACCGACUUCCCUCCAAGUUAUGAGGCCGUUAUGGGGCUCCGUGGGGACAGCCAGGUAACACUGUUUGACUCUCAGUUUACGGAAACAUCGCAUGGGCCGUGUUCCUGCAACCAGGUCCCUUCCGUUGUGCUUAGUGGUGAAGCGAUUUCCGUGGACAGCAAUUCGCUCAUCAUGUCGGAAAUCAUAGACAUUCCCGGGGACAGUAGCCCGUCUGAGGAUUCGUGCCUGCUGGAAGGGAGCGGAUCGGCCUGCUCGGUGGAUUACGUCCUCUUCCGAUCCAUCCAGCGCAGCCGAGCGGAUUACUGCCUUAGUGUCGAUUGUGGACACUGCGGGCUUCACCCGCAGGGCCCGUUUGAAGACAUCCCGCAGACGCGUCUGCGAGGCGAGCGGUCCUUCUCCUGUUCCACACCGGGCACGGUGUACGACGGCCUGCUGGAGGUCAGUAGUGCUCAGACCCACAGCUGCCACCGCCUGGAGGGUCUCGGCCACAGCGUGGGACCCUGUUUUCCCGAAGUUCGCAUGAAGCCCAAGAUGACGGUAUCGGCGCGCAAAGAGCCUAGGCGACCGCGUCGCAGCAGCGAAACAUCCUGCCAGUCACCCGUGAUCCGUUGUCCGCUGCUGCGGUCCCACAGUGACCCUGGGAUGGCCGUGUCCAGGGAGGCUGAAACUGAUGACCAAGAAGUAUUUUGCACGAAAGGGUCUGGAGACGACGCUUCUAAUUCCUCAGCGGAAACAGGGCCGUGUUCGGAGGCGUGCCCCUUGCACCCGUCGCUCUGUGACCCACUCUUGCUGGCUCAGGUGGCCGGCAAAUCCAAGCUGGAGCUGCCCGCGAAGGUGCCCCACCAUCUCUCGAAGAUGAUCACGCGGUCUCUGGGGGACCUCAAGGCGUACCGGGGGUCUCGCAGCCUGAUGGCCCGUUUCCUGCACCGAUCCAAAAGGAAUUUGACUUUGCCGGGUGCGGAAAUGAGUUCUCGCGGGAACAAGCAGGUGUUAAGGCUGGGGAGUCCAUCCAACGGCAUCCAUCUGCAGAGCUGCGGAGAUCUGAAUUCGACCUCCCCCUUACGGCGUUUGCUGUCUGGUCGCCGGCUGGACCAAAGACGUCCCUGCAGCCUGAGUGGACUUCUGCGAGAAAGCAAUCUCUGAAGACCAGCUCCGAUGCUUGUCCUCUGCGGAAGAGGAUUUGGAGCGAAAAACCCGCCAUGAGAUGGACAUCUGGCGGACGUCCCCGCCGUACAAAUGUCCAGGAACGGCCCAACAGGUUGUCCGACACUGUUACUUGGAAAUUAUUCCGCCGCGCUCAGGAUACAUGCGAAACCAAAGUGGGGAGUCUUGUGCCCCUGCACGGCGAUCUCCCAAAAUUAUUUUGAGGGAAGGAACCACAAAAUUUGAGUGGGGUCAGGAAGGAGGGCUCGCCUGGCUACCAGCGCACCGAGAGGACAGACCCGCUGACCCGCGCUAUCUAAAACAACAAUCAACCCUGAGUUUUUAAGGGCUCCACCCACACUCGUUCUGGAGUCCCGGUUAUCCACGCGGGGCGGUAAUCCGGCGAGCUGUUCUAAAACGAGCGAUCCUCUUGAACGUAUUUCUUACGUCUCAACGGGAAAGACUGAGCCAAGGGCUUGGAUGCACCACUGAACCCCUUAAUUCUUUCGUUCUGUCCCGGAUUCACUGCCUCUUGAGAAUGCUGUUCCUGUUUAUCCACGAUACGUCUGCGGUGUGUCGCGCUGUUCGAUUCCUCGUACGUUUGUUUCUCGCAUUUGUCCCUCUUUUGUGGAUACCUCACUUUAGUGCUGUGCCUUUUUGGGGUGCUUCCCUUGGAGAGGCCAUCAUGGACUGGGAGGGGGCCCAGUUGAAUUCUGGGGGGGUAGGAGACAGGAGACGCCACAAAAGCAAGCCCAGAUUCCCCCUCGGCCUCCCAAAAUAGUUCAGGUCACCAUAGACUGUCCCUCCCCUUGGAGGUUCCGCAGAGCCCUCAGAGUAAGAAAUUAUGACAAUUCCAGGGCUCGACCAAUCCCCUGGCUGAGAAGAGGGGUUACUGCUACAGAUAGUCCUCGACUUAUGCCCACACUAGAGCCCAACAUUUCUGUUGCUAAGCCAGACAGUUGCUAAGCAGGUUUUGACUCGUUUUACGACCUUUCUUGCCUCGGCGGUUAAAGGAAUCCCUGCAGCUGUUAAGUUAGGAACCCGGUUGUUUCAGUGAAUCUGGCUUCCCCGUUGACCUUGAUGUCGCAAAACGGGGACCGUCAUAAGUACGAGAAAUUUAUGACAAUUCUGGGGCCCUGAAGCCAGCGGUAGCUCUGAUCUCUUCCCGCUAUUGCAAAAUUCACCUGUUUUUGCUUUCCGGCCGGAGAUUUUGCAAAAGGAGGCGAGACCUCCACAUUUUCCGAUUUCCCCAAAGAGAUUGUUUUUCUACCGUUGGGCAUGUCCUCUUGACUCCAAACCCAGUCUGGGUUCCCAGUUUUUCGGAAGGCGCAUGCGGUAAGAUCUCGCCGUCACCUUUCCCGACUUUCUCAAUCUGGGGUGGGGGUGGGGGAGUUGGCGGGUGGGUUGAGGAUGGCCAACUCUCCCCCAUCGCGCCGGUGCCUCUGCUCUUUCACCAAGCCUGCAUGUACAACAACCCAGGGGGAUGCACCAACCUAUGAAAUCUCUCCGCCGUUUGGAAAGGCAGAGGAUUCUCCGCAGAGGGGAAGAGUUGGCAACCUUCCUUGGCCGCGCCGGUUUUUGAGAUGCAUAAACGCCUCACUUGA